AUGGCGCAUAGUGGCGGGCCACUGGCGGUUGCGCUCUCUGGGGGGGACAGCGAGUUGGAAACUGGAUCACCUGAAACUCAGCUAGAUUUGCCCGAGAUCCCAGACACCUUGACCGAAGUCGGCGCCGUCAUGCCUAUCUACACCCAGGUUUCUUCUAUGAACCGGGACUUGAUGAAAGAGCUCAGCCCUGACGGAUUCGAGAAGUACGGGAAGUUCCUGGCAGAUGUGGAGUCCAAGUUGCAUGAAUUAACAGAUUCCUUCAAGGUUUCCACUGCCCAAUUGAAGAACCUUUGUCUGAAGUACAGGAAAGUCGUUGCUGCGGCGGGUGAGUGGCAAAUGGAGCCUGUUGCCUGGAUGUUCGAGGGCAGCCCGGAUGUGGACGCGGACGUGGAGAUGAUGCUGGAGUUGCGGACUGAACUCUCUGAACUGGUGAAGGCCAGCGAGAAGAUCACCGCAGUGGGUCGUGGGCAAGCAGCUUUGGUGAGACCGCUGCACAUUUGA